CAUAGCACUGAACCCGUUUUCAUUUGCUAUAUAUCUGAAUGGGUAAUUUUAUGAAUUAUUAACUAACAAGGGGUGCAAUAUAAAACGAGCAGUCGCAGUCAUAUAGUUUCAGUAUCACAUCAAAAAUGCAACAGCGUAUUCUAGUCCUUCUACUCGGCUGUGUGGCAUUUGCCAAUGCGUUUGGCAUCAGCCUGCCAUUUUUAAGCCCAUCAAGGGACUCUGUCGAGCCUCCAGCCAAUUCAAAAUUAUGCACACCCAUGGAGGAUGCACCUUCGGAAAGGGUUCACUCCCUGAUCUCGCCAGCUGAUCAACCAAGUAGCACACCGACUGAUUUUGUAGUCGUGAAUGGCAGACCUGUGGUACCCCUACCCACACUUGCACCGAUUUCAACUUCAACUGCAACUCAGAUUAACAGAGGAGCAUAUGAGGGAAAUGUGGCCAAUCUUCCGGUGGAGUGCCAACCCACUCCGUUGGGUAUCGGAACUCGGUUGAGUUCGCAGCUCCUGAACAUACUAACGAUCUUGGGCUAAGAGUAAUACCUUCAGUAUUACUGGUUGGAAAAUUGUUUGCAAAGGAUCUAGAUUUUUUAGAAUUUAAGGAAUUUAAUUUCUCAAUUAAUCAAUAACAUAAUAAAUCUUUGACGAUCCAAAAACUUA